AUUGUGACAUCUUCAAGAAAAUUCUCUUAUUUAAAAGCAUUUUAAUUCAUUUUGUGACGAGUGAUUGCCGUGAAAAUUGUAUAAAAUGAUGCGAAAGCUCUUGGGCGACGCCAGUAGCAAGGAGAAUGCGCGCAAAAGUGCCCAAAUUAUGGGAAAUCCGAAGGAAAUGACAGUCGGCCAGCAACAGCACCAACGAAGAACUAUCACAGAGAAUCAAAUGGCACAAGAAAAACCAAAAAUUGCAGCUCCCAAACACGACACAAAUGCCAAACCGAAUGCGGAAGUUGCCAAAUCUCAUACUGCUAGUCAUCAACAACCACAACAAAGUACUCAACAGAAACAAGGAAAAGUUUGGAAUUUGUCGAAUUUCGAUAUUGGUCGCGGUUUGGGACGAGGAAAGUUUGGGAACGUUUAUUUGGCACGCGAAAAAGAGACAAAAUUCGUUAUCGCUCUGAAGGUCUUGUUCAAAAAACAAAUUGCUCAGCAAGGAAUCGAACAUCAGGUUCGUCGCGAAAUCGAAAUUCAAUCACAUUUGCGACAUCCGAACAUUUUACGCAUGUACGGAUACUUUCACGACGAAGCUCGCAUCUAUUUGAUCCUCGAAUACGCGCCCGGCGACACUUUGUACAAAGCCCUCCAAAAUAGCCCGAAUAACCGUUUCGACGAGCCCCAAAGUGCCAUUCACAUCAAAUCCCUCAUCUCGGCGUUGCAAUAUCUCCACGAACGAAAUGUGAUUCAUCGUGACAUCAAGCCGGAGAAUUUGCUGCUUGGACAUAACAAUUUGCUGAAAAUCGCCGAUUUUGGAUGGUCUGUGCACGAACCCAACUCGAAACGUACCACGCUUUGCGGAACUUUGGAUUAUCUCUCGCCCGAAAUGGUCCAGGCGAAGCCACACACGAAAAUGGUGGAUUUAUGGAGCUUAGGUGUACUUUGUUACGAGCUAAUUGUCGGCAAGGCGCCCUUCCAUGCGGAGAAUUACGAUAAUACCUAUAGGAAAAUUAUGCGAGUCGAAUAUAAAAUGCCGGAUUUCGUGAGCAAGGCAGCCAAUCACUUUAUCUCGAAACUCUUGAUUUUGAAUCCCGAUGCUCGCAUGAGUCUCGAUCAGGCGAUGAUACAUCCGUGGAUCUUGUCGCACACGAGCAAUGCGAAGGAUAACGCCAAUCCAGCCAAAAGUGCCUCGUAAAUCAACCGUUCGAUCCGUUUUUAUAGACUUUAUUUUUUAUUGAUAUGCAAAACAGGAGAAGAGAGAAGAAGAAUAACCGUUAAAAUAAUUUUUAUGUAUUGUGUACUCAAGUGAUUAGCACGACUGUUGGACUUUUGUAUCUUUUUCUGAUGAUUAACUUAAAAAUAAAUAAAAAUAUAGAAUG